AUGGAUGACUGGAAAAGCGUCUUCCAGUCGAAGACAUUCACAUUAAUCGUCAGCCCCGAGAAGCAGGAGUUCGUGGUUCACUCUGAAUCCAUCACUAAGCUCUCACCGUACUUCAACACCCUGAUCAAUGGGGAAAUGGCAGAAGCGAGGAAGGGCGAGGUGGUUGGGGAUGAUACGGACAUGAUGACCUUCGGUUGCCUCAUUAAAGUCGCGUAUUAUGGCGAUUAA